CCAAACUGAGGGUCAUGGAGGCGUCCCGAGGGUCUGUGGAAGCCGCGGCCUUAAGCCCAGAGCAGGCCGCCCUUUACCAGAGAUAUGUGAAGGAGGCCAAAGAAGCAACUAAGAAUGGGGAUCUGGAAGAAGCAUUUAAACUUUUCAAUUUGGCAAAGGACAUUUUUCCCAAUGAAAAGGUGAUGAGCAGAAUCCAAAAAAUACAGGAAGCCUUGGAGGAGUUGGCAGAACAUGGAGAUGAUGAAUUCACAGAUGUGUGCAACUCUGGCCUUCUGCUUUAUCGAGAACUGCACAACCAACUAUUUGAACACCAGAAGGAAGGUGUAGCUUUCCUCUAUAGCCUAUAUAGGGAUGGAAGAAAAGGUGGCAUCUUGGCAGAUGAUAUGGGAUUAGGGAAGACUGUUCAAAUCAUUGCUUUCCUUUCUGGUAUGUUUGAUGCUACACUUGUGAGUCAUGUGCUGCUGAUCAUGCCAACCAAUCUCAUUAGCACGUGGAUAAAAGAAUUUGUUAAGUGGACUCCAGGAAUGAGAGUCAAAACCUUUCACGGUUCUAGUAAGGAUGAACGUACCAGAAACCUUAGUCGGAUUCAGCAAAGGAAUGGUGUCAUUAUCACCACAUACCAAAUGUUAAUCAAUAAUUGGCAGCAACUUUCAAGCUUGAAUGGCCAAGAGUUUGUGUGGGACUACGUCAUCCUUGAUGAAGCACAUAAAAUAAAAACCUCAUCUACUAAGUCAGCAAUAUGUGCUCGUGCUGUCCCUGCCAGGAAUCGCAUCCUCCUCACAGGAACCCCAAUCCAGAAUAAUUUACAAGAACUGUGGUCCCUAUUUGAUUUUGCUUGUCAAGGGUCCCUGCUAGGAACAUUAAAAACUUUUAAAAUAGAGUAUGAAAAUCCUAUUAUGAGAGCGAGAGAGAAGGAUGCUACCCCAGGGGAAAAAGCCUUGGGAUUGAAAAUAUCUGAAAACUUGAUGGCAAUCAUAAAAUCUCAUUUUCUCAGGAGGACUAAAGAAGAGGUACAAAAAAAGUCAAGUACCCCAGAGGAGAUCAGAUUUAGUGAAAAGAAUCCAGAUGGUGAUGCCAUUUGUAAAAUGCCUUCCCUUUCCAGGAAAAAUGAUUUAAUUAUUUGGAUACGUCUUAUGCCUUUACAAGAAGAAAUAUACAGGAAAUUCGUGUCCCUGGAUCAUAUCAAGGAAUUGUUAAUGGAGACACGCUCACCUCUGGCUGAGCUAGGUGUCUUAAAGAAGCUGUGUGAUCAUCCAAGGCUGCUAUCUGCACGGGCUCGUCAUUUGUUGAAUUUAGGGUCUGUAAAAUUCUCUGUUCAAGGUGAAAAUGAAGGGGAGGAUGCCUCAGAUGUGGACCAUAUUGAUCACAUAACUGAUGAUACACUGAUGGAAGAAUCUGGAAAAAUGAUAUUUCUAAUAGAGCUGCUUAGGAGACUGCGAGAUGAAGGACAUCAAACUCUGGUGUUUUCCCAAUCGAGACAAAUUCUAAACAUCAUUGAACGCCUCUUAAAGAAUCGGCACUUUAAGAUAUUGCGAAUUGAUGGAACAGUUACACAUCUUGUGGAACGAGAAAAAAGAAUCAACUUAUUCCAGCAAAAUAAAGAUUACUCUGUUUUUCUGCUUACCACUCAAGUAGGUGGUGUUGGCUUAACGUUAACUGCAGCAACUAGAGUGGUCAUUUUUGACCCUAGUUGGAAUCCUGCAACUGAUGCUCAAGCUGUGGAUAGAGUCUACCGAAUUGGACAAAAGGAAAAUAUUGUAGUUUAUAGGCUGAUUACUUGUGGGACCGUAGAGGAGAAAAUAUACAGAAGACAGGUUUUCAAGGACUCACUAAUCAGACAAACUACUGGUGAUAAGAAGAACCCUUUCCGAUAUUUUACUAAACAAGAAUUAAGAGAGCUCUUUACAAUUGAGGAUUUUCAGAACUCUGCAACUCAGCUGCAGCUUCAGUCUUUGCAUGCUGCUCAGAGGAGAUCUGAUAAGAUACUAGAUGAACAUAUUGCCUACUUGCACUCUUUGGGGAUAGCUGGAAUCUCAGACCACGAUUUGAUGUACACACAGGAUCUGUCUGUUAAAGAAGAGCUUGACGUGAUCGAAGAAUCUCAUUAUAUUCAACAAAGGGUUCAGAAAGCUCAAUUCCUUGUUGAAUUAGAGUCUCAAAAUACAGAGCUCUUAGUGGAAAAACAAAGAACUGGAAAUGAGGGGACCUGGCUGAGAGAACCUCUGUUUCCUUCUCAAAAAAAGAAGAAAUGCCCUGAAAUGAAUAAACCACAGCCUUGGCCCUCAUCACAUCUACCUACUUACCAUAUCCAGGAAGAAGUAAUCAGUUCCCAGAUGGCAAGUGUAAUCAUUGAUGAUCUGCCCAAAGAGAAUGAGAAUCAAGGUAUCUCCAAUAUAAAGAUGAAUGUUACCGUCUUGCAAGAUGGUAGUCACUCACCUGUAAGUACAUCUGAUGCUGACUCUGUAGCUAUUUUACCUAAGGGAUGUGGAUGUGUAGAUGAAAUCUGGACCAACUCAUCGGGAAUGGCUAUACAAAAAGAAGCACUGCGAGAGGGGCCUACACAGGGGACACUGCAAAAGAACCCUCUGGGAAAUUUUAAUUAUUUCCUUAGUGAAUCAGUCAGAGAUGAUCUUGGGCCAAAUCCAGAUCAACUAAAGGAUGAUGAGAUUUUGCCUCACUGUAGUCCCUGGCCCAUUAAUCCCAUGACAAAUGAAAAUCAAAAUACAGAAUCACACGCAUCUGUAAUUGAAAUAGCUGAUGAGGAAUGGUCAGCAUCCCGCAGUGCACUACGGAAUGCUCAAGUACAUGAUGAGGCCAAGUUGGAAGAGGAACCUUUAGCGUCCUCAUCACAGUAUGCAUGUGAUUUCAACCUAUUCUUGGAAGACUCUGCAGAGAAUGGACAAAAUCUUUCCAGUCAGUCUUUGCAGCAUGCUGAGAAUGAAAACAGCUUGUGUGGCCCUGCAGCUAAUCCUAAAGCAGAGUCUGAGCGGGGUGAAGUGCGUCUCAGCUUGGAUCUUUCUGAGACCCAAGAUGAUCCAGAAGUAGUAAUAGGUAAUGUGAAGAAAGGCAGAAGGAAAGCCAGAAGGAUCCUUUCAGAUGGUGAAAAUGAAGACAAAACUUUUCAAGAUACUCCAGGCACAAAUCUAUUCACCUCGCCUUGUCAGUUCUUACCUAUAAAACAGUUUGAUGCUUCAACUCCCAAAAGUGACAUCAGUCCACCAGGAAGGUUCUUUGCACUGAAAAUACCUGACAGUAUAAAUAAGUCUGUAAAUGCUAGAAGAUCCCUGGCUUCUAGGAGGUCUCUUGUUAAUGUGGUUUUAGACCACGUGGAGGAUAUGGAGGAAGGACUUUACAACAGCAGCAAAGCAGAAGUUGCUGAAGAUUAUCUGGAGGAAGGAGCCGAGGAAAGCAGUGGGGAAGUCUCAGAAUACACCGAAGAUCCUCCUGACGAAACGCUGCCUUCAGAACAUAAGUCCAGCUGGUUAACUACACGUGAGCCUGGGGCUUUAGCUCAAGAGGCCUCUCCUGGUGACCCUGAGCCUUUGUUGGGCAGACAGUUGGAUGAUUCUCCCCAGGAUGAGGCAGUAGAGGCUGUCAAUGACUAUGAGGCUCUUGUAAUUCGUGGAAAAGAACUGAAAGAGUGUGGAAAAAUACAGGAGGCCUUAAACUGCUUAGUUAAAGCACUUGACAUAAAAAGUGCAGAUCCUGAAGUCAUGCUCAUGACUUUAAAUUUGUAUAAGCAACUUAAUAAAACUUGAGAAUAGAACCUAUUUACUGUUAAAGUGAAA